AUGAUGACUCCGAUCAAGCCGCUGGCCCCUGCGGAGCAAGCCACGGUGCAGACGAGCGUCAACACCACCAUCGCCGCAAGCAGUGCGAGUCCAGUGGCUAUGCCAGCCCUCAGCUCCGCGGCAACGUCUGUCCCUCCAUCUCCUCAAGUGCACCUCAUCGUCCUCGCACCAUCCGCUGCGUUGCCAAGCGAGAAGUUCGAACUCGAAUCGUCUGAACUCAGGCCGAUCCUGACGUCAGUAUUUGGACCCAUCGCACAGCAGCUAAGAUCUUUGCAUCCGACUGCCAAGCUGUUGUACAGCAUUGUACGCUAUCCUCGUGUCCCGAAGAGCGAUCCAGGCUCCUCUCGCACCGCUCUCGACGUUGCUCAACUUGACGCAGAGUGGCAGUCGGACUCUGGCUAUGGCGAUUCACCUUCGCCUGGACAAGCCUCUCGUCGCGUGGAAACGCGUCAGUGGAAGGAGUGGACACCCAAUUCAAAUCAAGUCGAGCCUCUGCAGGCCAAGGACCUUGCUCAGCGGUUCGAUGAGGGCGCCGAACCAUCUGGUCAGGCUUGGAACGCGGAGUUAAACGCUUUGCUGCUGGGAGACAGCGAUAAGCUUGGACCUUCUGACGCGCUAUGGGGGCUUGUGCGAGUGCUAGAGGUGAGUGGGGAAAAUGUUGCCAGCUUUACACUGCGCACUGACGUCUGCCGUGCAAACUUUGGACACAGCACUUCAAGGAGGCUGAUCCAACCGGCACGCUCGCAAACAAGACCAUCAGCCUCUUCCCACCAACCGGCAGAGUAGCUGCUAGACAUGUUCUGCAUCUUUGCGGAGCAGACAAUUCCCUGCAUAUCCAAGGCUCGCUACCUCGGCCUGGAAGAUCCGCAUCGGAGGACUGGACCCUGGCGACUGUCACUGAAAAUCUCAGAAGCCUGAAGGUGCAAUUUUCCACAAUCGUAGUUCCAGCAAGCAGGGACGCAGCCAAGCGAGGAGAGUGCGACGCUGAGCGUCUGCAUGCUUCUCUUGCCCCGACGCGACCUGAUGGGAGCGUCGACGAAGACCAAGAUUGCUCGGGAUCCGAAGCGCACUCGCUACUUGGAGCGGGCUUGUCCAAAGGUCUGAUACUCAUGCUCAGAGGCCUGGCUGUAAGGAGCCCCGCAUCGCGCAAGAGAUCCCGUUCGCGAGCAUCCCCCGAGUCAGUGCGUUCGGAUCAGGCCAAGCGGCUCAAGAGUGCUGUGGCUCCUACCGCGGGUUCCGGAGCAUCAACGGGACAGCCAGAUGGUGGUGCACCUCAGGUAGCAGGCACGAACACGACGUCCAUGAAUGCGGCCAUGAUUCAACAAGCUGCUGCUGCUGCCGCUGCCCAGGCUGCCGCUCUCAUUCCGGCGCACUUACCUGAUGCACACAAGGCCAUACUUCGGUCUGCUCUCACCAGACUCAUGUUUGUUCAACAGCAGCAAGCGAUGAUGAUCAGGAAUCUUACCAUCACUCAAAGAGCUGACGCUGCUACGUCUAGCAAGGAGCGCCAGAUGGCACUCGAGCGACUGAGGGCAAAAUGUGAGUCUCAUUGGAUACUUCCUUACUUUUGUCAAGCACGCACUGACGAGGGUAUUUCCCCUUGACAGUGGUCGCUGCGCAUGAAGCUAUAACUGCGCAGUCGAAGGCUCUGGGAUCCGGUGGCGGUCCACCUGACGUACAAAAGGCUCUCGCUGCGUUGGUACACAUCUCGCAGGAAGCCGAGUCCAUGGGAGUGCACCUGGGAUUGAGCAAGCAGGUCUUGGCGGUCGCUGCAAAAGUCGCGAGCGGGCAGAAUGCUCCCAGCGCAAAUGGAACUGCUCUCGCAGCUGCUCCUCCUCAACAGCUUGCUCAGGCAUCUGUCACCGCCCCAGCUCAGACAAGAAACGAGGCCAGCGCCAAGUUUGGGCAGCCAGGAUCUGACUCUGCAUUACGAGUUGCUCCUCCACCUGGCUUUUUGCAAGCCACAGGCAAUGCCACUGCUGCACCAGCCCAAGCUAGCUCAAGUCGUCCGACGCCUUACUGGUCCGGUCCGAUUGUAUGGAGCGUCAACGAUCCAAACAAUCCAGGGAUGAAGCGCGAAAUCGCUUCAUUCGUCAGCGCGUCUGCAAAUUCUCGUACAGCCAAGGAGAAUCUCAACUUACCUUGGCCUGCCAGACUCAACCUGGGUAGCAUGACGCCACUGGACAUGCCAGCGCUGCAAGCUUAUGUCGGGACCAAGCAGACGCCCGCUGUGCUUUUUACGCCUCGACCACCAGGCCAGACCAGCCCUGGCGAACCGGACGUGCCUGCUCACAACGUCAAAGCGUACGAAAUGCUCGCUAGUACCUUGCGAGAUCGCAAAUGCUGCGCUCUGAUCCCUCAUGGCGCGCCUGGAGCUGGCAUUGUGCUUGUGCCUAUGCCCACCGUAGCUGCUCAGAUGACGAGAUUGUUGGGGUUGGUCUUCAAGGAAGCAGCACCGCUACAAGCUCUGGCAAGCGCCGCUUCGACGGGAGGCGCGAAGCAGGUCGGCACCCAAGUAUCUGGUCGACCGUUCGCCGAUCCCUCCUUGGAAGCAAAUCGGCCGCCACUGAUGCCAAUGGCUGGGCAGUCUGGUCAUCCGUCUGGCCAGUUACCGCCGGUACAGCAGCAGCCGACUCAGGCAACGGGCUCGCGACCAUCAGAGGCACCGCCUUCCAAUUCAUCGCAACCUGGUCCUGGUGCGGGCAACCAGUCAGUGCCGCCUGCACAGGGACACGGGCAAGGUCCAACGCCAGCUCAAGCGCUGUUCCAACCACCGCCACCGCCGCCCAAUCAGGCGCCAAGGCCCGCAGCAAUCUCCACCACUCAGGCGCAUCAGCACGGUCCACGGCCGCCUGCUGCGCCUACGAGCGACGCUCCCAAUGCCUUGCAAGCUCAACAAGCUCAAAUGUUUGUUCAGCGUCAGAUCGCACAGCUUCAGCAAGCUCGACUCCAGCAACAACAGCAGCAGCGUGUAGAUGGCCUGCCUGCUCCUCACAAUGGUGGGGCGCAACAGCACCAGCAGCAGCAGCCGCAGCAGAUGGGACAAAUACCUGCUUCUAUACCGCAAAUGGUUCAAUUCCUUCAGCAGCAAGUGGCCUCGCAGCAGGGCGCGCAGCCUCAGCAGCCGCCCAAUAUUGGCCAAUUCAGCAUGCCACCCAGUAACUUCCCGACUCAGCCAAAUUGGAAUUUCGGUGGCAACCAAAAUCUUGGCCAGGUGCAAGAGCAUAGCCAGCCCAGCCACAUGGGAAGCGUCCACGCCGCGCCCAUGUCGGGCGGUUUCAACCUUCCCAACACAUUCGCAGCGUCUAGCUACGGUCAACCCAGUCAGCAAGGCGCACCGGGAAAGAUCCCCUGGAACUCAAAUGUAGUGACGGGUGGGCAAAGCAACGCAGGAGGCGUGACUCCUGCAGACGUAGCAGCUCUGGCUGCCCAGCUGGGUCUGAGCCACGCUGCGUUCGGCGCUGGCAACCAGGGCAACAAUCCGGGCGUCUCGAUGCCUCCUCAACGAGAGCCCCAACAACAGCAGCCCUUCGCUGGAACGCAGUUCCCUUACAAGACUCAAGCUGGCCCUCAGGGUAUGCAAACGUCGCAGCAGCAGCCAACCGGCAUGUGGCCUGGUUUCAGUCAGCAACCCCAGCAGCAGCAACAUUCGGCAGCUUCCUUUGCCAACGUUGGACUAACGAAUGAAAUGUUGCAACGCAUGCUUGGUGGAGCUCAAUAG